CCCCGCUCGCUGGUGAUAGUACACCCACUGGAUGUGACCAGCGCGAUCAUUUAUGGUGUUAGGUUUGUGUUUAUGUGCACUCGAGAGCACCGAAGGCGUUACAGUGUUAAUGUAACCGCUGUGACACUGCUGUAUGUGCGCCACCGCAUGUUCACGGGCAGGUUACGGAAACCCACGGCGGUUUAUUAAAGCAAUAUCCCUUCCGACACCAUCGGCGAGCGCUUGACUGAUGCUUCUCCAUCUCUGAAUGAAGCCGAGCAGCGGCGAGAGGACGCGGCUGCCAUUGAUGACAGUGAGAAGACUAAAAUGGGAGAGCACCGCUGGAGCCCUGUCAGCGGAGAGACAGACACAAAGGAGACUGACAACAGACAGCCAUUCGAAAAGAGCCGAACGAACGCUUCGUUUUCAAUGAUCGUUACACGGUAAACGUCUUCCAUUCAUUGGUAAUAUUUGCACCGUAGAGAAACCAGCGCCACUUUUAGCGCGCGGUUAACAAUGGAAUUAUGACAGCGGCGGUUUCCAGCUGUUCAUUGUUCGCAUGAAAGGUAGAUGCGUGCAUAUAAUUUGGCCUGUGCUUGCCAACAGGGACUCGAGAAAAGAACUGACAAGUGUGAACAUUCAUCUAAGAGGGAUCAAGAUGUGCUGAACAUGUCUUCUUGUGUUACAUCCUCUUUCAAGGUGUGAAGAGUGACAAUACAGUUGUCAGACCUCCAGGCUGGUGUUGGCGAUAACCGAGAGGCUCCUAAUGCGUUAUCUCCCACCUUGUCUCUGUCACCAUGCCCACCUUUCCACCUCUGGGCAGUAACUCCAGCACAGUACCCUGGGACCCCGGCGCACCUUCUCUGGUGAACAGCACGGUGAAGAUGGUGCUCAUAUCAGCCAUCGUAUGCACGUCGCUGUUCGGAAAUGUUGUGGUGCUGCUGGUAUUCCAGCGCAAGCCCCAACUUCUCCACGUCGCCAACCGUUUCGUGCUUAACCUGCUCCUGGCAGACCUUCUGCAGACGGUGCUGGUCAUGCCCUUCGCCAUCGCCGCUACCGUGCCUGAGGUCUGGCCCCUUGACUCCCGACUCUGCCAGGCCCUUGUGGUGCUCAUGCACCUGUUUGCAUUCGCUGGCGUCAACACCAUCAUUGUGGUAUCGGUAGAUCGCUAUUUGGCCAUCAUCCACCCGUUGUCCUACCCCACAAGAAUGACGCCUCACCUGGGUACCAACCUGAUCGCUCUUACAUGGCUCCUCAGUGUACUUCAGAGCACUCCGCCGCUUUAUGGAUGGGGAACCAUCGAAUUUGACCGGCGCCACAACGCCUGCACUGUUGUGUGGUCCUCAAGCUACUCGUAUUCAGCCCUAGUGUCUGCGCUGUCAUUCUGGCUGCCUGUUGUGAUCAUGCUUUGCUGUUAUUGGAUGGUAUUCAGGGCGGCGAGGCGGCAGAACGCCCUCGUCCACCCCAUCCAAUCCAACCCCCCUCCAGAUUCCCAAGCAUCCUGUUCUAGCCCCCAAAGACAUCCCCAAUCGGAAGGCCCCUUUUCGGCCUCUUAUCCCAUCAGGACCCGCCAUAGACGCUUUCAUUAUCACUGUAAGGCGGCACGGGUGGUGUUUGUUAUCAUGGCGUCCUAUGUGCUCAGCAUGGGCCCGUACAGCGUACUAAGCACGAUAUCUAUUUACUCUAGUGCAGCGGUGCCGCCCUGGUUGGCCUCCAUGGCGCUCAUUCUCUUCUUCCUGCAGUGCUGCUUACACCCGUACAUCUACGGCUACAUGCACCGCAGCGUACGCAAGGAGUUCCUGGCACUGCUCUGCGGGCCGUUUUGUGGGCAGGGCCGGAUCAGUCAGGGCUCGGCCGUGGACAGUUGCUUCACGGUGACAGAUGGACGUCUGGCACACACGCAUCUCUCCAGCCAAGCUGCCCGAGUGUGUCCCCUCCGAACCUGGGAGGAAGGCACCACAUCUUCUUCUCCUACAGAGAGGAGGUCCAAAGACAGCCGUAAGGAAACCACCUCCAUCAGUUUGAGCUCGGAGAAGGAGCUCAAUGUACAGAGCAACCCCAACAAACAACCUGAGGAAACACCUACAGGCAAAUUCUGAACAUGUUUCUGUCAGUGGUGGGGUAUAUACAUCUCUUAUGGUUUCCAUUUAGGGCACAAUUUGGUACUUCUGAAUCAAAUAUUGUGCCUUUAAACACAAUCUCGCUGAAUAGACUGUAACCACAAUCACAGACAAAAAGGUACAAAAACUGUUACAGGGCAAAUAUCCUUUUAAAAGGUGAUAGCUUAUGUACCUUUUGUUCUGCUAUAUGUAACCAUAUGUGCUCCUAGCUAUGCUAUGGAUUUACUUUAUGGUUAGUAUUUACAAAAAUAACAUUGACAACAACAGAAAAGCCAAGAAAACAAAAAGUUUAUUGGCUGGAUAAUAGACUGUUUAAAUUAUCUUUAAGUCAAGAGUAACAUAAUUUUUAACAUGUUCAACGUAUGUUUUAAAGAAAUUAAUACUUGUAUUCGGCAAGGAUGCAUUUAAUUGAAUUGCAGCAUAAUUGUUUUUAAUAUCGAUAUUAAGAAGUGUUUCUUGAGCAUCAAAUCAGCAUAUGAAUAAGGAUCGUGUGACAUUGAAGACUGAAGAAAUGGCUGCUAAUAUUUCAGCUUUGACAUCACAGAAUUAAAUAGAAUUUUAAAAUAAGUUAAAAUGUGUUUCAAUUGUAAUAUUUCAUAAUAAUAUGGUUGCUGUAUUUAAAUAAAUGCAGCCACGGUGAGCAUAAGAGACUUAAAAAAAUACAUUUUUAUCAACCUAAAAUUUUUGAAUAGUGUUUACUCUUUGAAUGGGAAUGUGGUUGGAAAUAUACCAUCAGUUACAGUAUUUGUCAUGGUUAUAUGGACAGAGUAGAAACAAAGUCUGAAUAAACAUUUAACACACAAGGCUUGACAUCUAAUACCCUUCCUUGUGUGGUUUAAAAUAUCAACUAUUGGAGACAUAGUAUAAAGUGCUCCAUUAAAUACAGAAUAUUGGUUUUCUUUUAGUGUUUUAAUAUAAUACUUAUAAUAUUAUGGAGUAAAAUGUUGGAAAAAUAUUUUUUUCAGCAUAUAUAGUGUAUAAUAUGUCUAACAAGAUGAAUGUUCUUUGUAUACAUCCAUAUCAAAUGUAUUGCUACUUUACAAUUUAAAGACAAAGUAUUACUUACGUUGUUUUAAAAUGAAUUUAGAAUACAUGUGGAGAGAUUUUGGUCUAUUUUUCUAAGCAUACAUAUGAACUUUGUUAUACAGCUGAAUCAUUGUCACUGGAAUCAAAGUUCUCUUACAGAAACUGUAAAUGUAGGAGUCAUUUCAAGCAAAAAGAAGCUAAAUUGAAAAAAAAAAAAAAAAAAAGAAGGUUCUAUUUAUUUAUUGUUCAUGCACCAAUAAUACUUAAGCGAUGAAUCACAUCAGCAUUAGGGUAUGGGUCAAUGUAUUUCUGUUUGUAUUUAAAAGAUGUGUAAUGUGGAGGGGUUUCAGUGUUUUGAAGAGGGUGAGUCACAUGAAAAUGGUCAAGAUCAUUUCUGUUUAUAUUUCACCACAAAAUAAUGAUUAUUUUCGGAAGAUGAAUGUUUUUGCAUUGUUCCCACCAAUCCAAACACUUCUCAUUACCUUAAUGUAAAAAUGGAAGUGUUUGUUGAACUGCCAUUUUAUUUAUUUAUUGAUGGAUUUUUUUUCUUUGUGUGUGUGAAAUGUGACCUGGACAUGCUUUCAUGAGAUUCACCCAAAAGCAGCUAAUGAGCCCAGGAUCUCAGGGUAUUUAUGAUGUACCUCUUGACCGAUGUGAAGAGUCCGCUCUCUUUAAGAGUGCCUCCCUAGAUGAAUUGUACAUCGUCUCUGUGUCAUAUGAGAUGUUCAAUCCCCUCACACUGCCAAACUGACAUGAUGACAUGAUUAAAAAAAAGCAGGCUUCGAAAACUGCUGAAGCACUUUAUGUUAUGGAGUUCAACCACUGCAUCAAGGCAGCAAUGUUAUCCGCUCUUGAGCACUUAGCUUGACCCUGUACAAAACAGGACUGCAAGUGCUUCAAUAUUAAUUUCUGUCUGGGGCGUUUAGAAGUCAGUCGAAUCAAUCAUAAGUCAAACCUGCAAUUUCCUCUGCUACAGUAAGUAUUAUAUUGAAACCAGUGAGUACAGCAAUACAUAUCACAGAUAUUAUCAAAUGUAUACCAGUUUCCAGCAAUGUCUGCAGCACUUACAAAACUGUAGACAUUCACUUUCAAAAAACAAAUUAGCUGAAACAUGUCAUCAUGUUUACUCCAACUGUUACAACCGACUGUUUUUAUAUACAUAUAUAUAUAUAUAAAAGCUUAGAAUUAGACAUUUUUGUAAUGAUGUACUUUGUGAUUUAUUUUUCUUUCGUUAUGACAUUGUGAAGAAUGUUUAUGUAUACCUCAUCAUAAAACUUGAAGCUCAGUACAUUCUGUGGGUUUUAAAUGAAAACGAUUAGGGGAAAAGAUGUGCAAGCAUGUACUUUUUCUAACAUAAUCACAUUUAAAUAAUUUACAAAGUAAAAAAACACUAAAUAUCUCCCACUAUUUAGAUAUUAUUACUUGUAUAAAAGAGUCCUGUAGCAAAAACAAUGUGCUUCUUAACCAUUCAGUUUACUAUUAAUAAAAACAAUUCUUUAGCAAGAUAAAACUACAAAAAAACAAAAAAAAAAAGUAAUUAUAUGAUACUAACAACAAAAUAGAUGACAUUAUAGAGGUUACUGUGGUGUGGUUUUACAUGGCUUAAGGUGCGGUCACAUUAGUGAAAUUUAGGUGAAAUUUUAUUGGCAAAAAAGUUUUCUUAUAUUGUCAAUAACGUGAUGCAUAAUGCAGAGCUCACACAACAAAGCAGCUCGCCUUCAACCUGUAGUAAAAAUUUAAAUGACUUAAAUUGUUAGAGGUGCAAAGACAACUAAAAUGCACAGGCAAAAAACCCCAAAAAAACACUAGUUUCAACGUCACUUCCAUACCAAUUUUCUGUUCUCAACAUGUCAUUUUCGUAUGACCAACUUUACAAUGAAUCUGUGUGGGGAAAAAAAUUUAGUCCUUAAGCGAAAUUCCCAAACAUGUGGAUUCUAAUCAGAAUGACCAAACAUUGAUUAAACUUGAAUCCCAUAAGAAAUCUGCGUGUGAAAUGUUUUCAUGUCUCACUCCAGAUUACGAUCGCUACUUUUAGCCCACAGAAUUUCACUGUAAAUGUGACUGCACCCUAAAACCGUGUCUGAUCUUUCAAAAAUGUACAAAGACUAAAACAUGGACAGAAGUAACUGUAUUAAAUAUUCAAAUUAUGUCUUUACAGAUGAUGAAAUAAAACAUACAAUGUAAAACAUACAUUUGGAUCAGUAUAAAAGUAUAAUAAGUAAAUUUUUAUAGAUAUGGGCUUCUUCUCUCAGCGCAGUAGGUGUAGCUGGAAUGAAGUCAUAGGCAACGCGAGACAAGUAAAGCACUAAAAAAAGGGUCUUUGGAGUUCACACACACACGCGCGCGCACACGCACACACACACGCACGCACGCACACACACACUGUCAGUGAAUUACAGCUGAGCCAAACACACUCUUCUUUAACCUUCAUAUAAAUGUCUAUUCACGUGGAAGUCUGAUCUGUUAAAAGAUGAUGUUGUGUACUCCAAAUGUCCCUUCCUUAGUCCACCUUCAGCACGCUGUAGAUUUUAUUUACGAACCAGAAGCAAGCGAAGAAGCCUAUAGUACCUG